AUGUUUGCUCCCAGGUUUGACCCGACUGCAUUGGUGGGCGUAAAUACUCCAAGUGUGAAAGAUGAAAUUCUGGGCUCGAAAAAGAGAAAAUUAAGUAAUGCAUCAAUAAGUGAAGAUGAAGAAUCGAGUUCGUCUUCGAGUUCUGAUUCUGACUCUAGUUCUAGUUCUGAUUCUGAAUCUGAUUCUGAUUCUAGUUCUGACUCUGAUUCUGAUUCUAGUUCUGAUUCUGAUUCUGAUUCUGAGUCUGGGUCUGAGUCCCAGAGCUCCAGGGAAAGUGGUUCAGAUAGCGAUGCUGCAAUAAGUUCUGAUACUGAGGAAGCUGCUGAAGAACUAGAAGAAACUCAAAAUAAAGCCCAUUUAAAUAAUGAGCAAGCGGAAAACGAUAAAAUGGAUAUUGUUGAGGACAAAGGUACUCCAGAGGUGCCUGUAGAAAAUGAUCCUGAUUAUAUAUCAAAACAUCAUUCAGUUUUUCAAAAAUUCAAGUCAAUACAAGAUGGAAAAGGUGAAGAUGUCGAUGAAGAAAGCGAUGACAAUAUGGAAGACAUUCAGACUCAAGAUUUAGCACCAUUACCACAACCUGCAUUGCCUAGAGAUAAAAGAUUAGUCUCGACCUCUGCACAUUUAAACAAUUUGGAUUGGUUAACCACUCCAAUAUAUGCAACUCCAGAAGAAACAAAACCAUUCGCCGACUUCAAUGAUCCCCCCUUAUCACCAUUGAUGAUAAAAAAUUUGAGAAAUAUGGGAUUUGAAUCUGCAUUUUCUGUCCAAAUAUCAGUCUUGAAUUUAAUUCUUAAGGAUAUUGAGAAAAAUAGAUUACAGCCAGAUAUGAGAGGUGAUUUGUUAGUCAAUGCAUCAACUGGGUCUGGUAAGACUUUAGCAUAUCUGAUUCCAAUAAUAGAAAGUUUACAAACUGUAAAAGUUCCAAGAGUAAGGGCCCUCAUAUUAGUUCCUACAAAACCAUUAAUAAACCAAGUGAAGACUACGUUGAAUCAACUUUCUAAGGGUACUAACUUAUCAAUUGUAAGUUUAAAGAAUGAUUUGUCCAUUAAAGACGAAGGUAUGAAGUUGCAAGCCAACGAACCAGAUAUCAUUGUUUCUACUCCAGGUAGAUUAGUAGAUCAUUUAACUAAUGGUUAUAUCACUUUAAAGAACCUCCAAUUUUUGGUUAUUGAUGAGGCUGAUCGUUUGCUUAAUCAAUCCUUCCAAAACUGGUGUCAAAUUUUGAUUUCUAAAAUAGACGAGUUCACAAACAUUAAAGAAAGAACUAUAUCCAAUUAUUGGAAGCUAAACGUACAAAAAAUGAUAUUUUCAGCUACUUUAACUACUGACGCAGGAAAAUUAUCAUUAUUGAAAUUUCACAAACCAAGAUUAAUUAUUGUUAAUAAUAAAGAACAAUUGGUUAAUGAGAUGUUCAGUGUCCCUGCAACAUUAAAUGAGUUCAGAUUACAUUUUGGAUCGGCAAAGUCUUCUUUGAAACCAUUAAUUUUAUCUAAGUUUUUACUUUCAAGAAAUAAGCUUUCGAAUGUCUUAAUUUUUACCAAAUCUAAUGACGCCUCGUUAAGGCUCUCUAGGUUAUUAUCACUAAUAAUGAAUAAAUUGACAUCGGAAACCAUAAAUAUUGCAUACAUUAAUUCAACUAAUAACACUACAUCUAUCCGUUCCAAAAUAUUGAAAGAUUUUUCUAAGCAAAGUGUUAAUAUUUUGGUUGCGACUGAUUUGAUAGCUCGUGGUAUCGAUAUACUAUCAAUCACGGAUGUCAUAAAUUAUGACUUGCCUAAUUCUUCUCGUGAAUAUGUUCACAGGGUUGGUCGUACGGCAAGAGCUAAUCAGGAUGGAUUUGCAUAUAAUUUCUGUUUUGGUAAAGGUGAAGCCAAGUGGUUUAAGAAGCUAAUGGCUCAAGUAGGAAGAAGCCAAAACAUAGAAGAUCUUGAAAUCGAUACCAAACAAUUAAUUGAAGGAAACGAUGAAUCCAUGUAUAAGGAAUCAUUAGAAGAAUUACAGAAGCAAGUAUUUAAUAGAGCUUAA